UGGCUUCAGACCCCGAUGGCCCCUGAGACCCCCCCCGGGCUCCAGCAUGGGGUCCAGAAUCAGAACCUGCUCCGCGGGCCUGAUGCUGCUGGUGUUCGGCACGCUGGUUUCCAUGGUGACACCCAGCUCACCUGCCGCAGGUAUGCAGGACUUGAACCGGACGUUUGAUUCUCCGCCCCCCUCGGACCAGGACUCUGGAGCUCAGGGGAUCCACCUCCUGCUGAGACCUCCAGACCUGCUGUCCCCCAGCCUCCCGCCCCCCCACAUCCAGCCCUCCCUCACCCCCCCCCCGCCCUGGGAGCACGGCCCCUCCCUGGAGGAGGCCUGGGGGUCCGGGGACUACCUGGAGACCCUGUCCUUCAUGGUGCCGGAGGGGGAGGAGCUAUCCAGCCCCCACCCCGAGGACCAGAUGUCUCACCAUGGGGGGGUCUGGGUCUCCUACGACAGUGACUUCCCGUCCCGGUCCACCCUCCCCCUCUCCCCCUCCUCCCCCACCGCCCCCCUGCAGACCCGCCCCUCCCCCCCGGACCUGUUCCCCUCCUGGGACGAGGACUACGACCUGGACCUGACCCCCCUGGAGCCCACAGAGCUGCUGCUGCCCGACAUGAACAGCCUGGAGUAUUACACCAACCUGCAGGCCAGGGAGAGGGAGAGGGGGCGGGACUCCCACAUCGCUCCCACUACAACCCUCACCCCCCACCCUCCCACCACCCUGACCUCUGGUUCUCCUCCCAUCCCUCCCCUCACACUCCCACCCACCUUCACACCUGAGGAGAACCCACCAAUCCCCACCGUCAGAACCACUUCUGCUCCACAACCCAGAGAUAGAGCCUCGAUUCCAGGUAGAACCCGUCCUCGACCCCCGUCCAACACCACGGGCCGGGUGCCUCCCCCCCCCCCGCUGGGACCGCCCACCCGCCCCGACAGACCAGAGAGACCCCCCACGGUCACUGAGAAACCACUGAAGGGGCCCCCCACAACCACCAAGGCAACAACCACAACAACCAAGGGGACCACAACAACCAGGAGGACCACCACCACCAAGGGGACAACAACCACCCAGAGCACCGCCAUCAGCCUGACCAGAGCCCCCCCUGUCACCACACCCAGGAGACCCCCCCCCACCAGGCAGUACCUCUGCAACGUCACCAAGCCGGAGAUGUACCUGGUCCGAGUCGUGAGCUCCAAAGGAUCCUCAUCAGGCUUCAGCGCCGUCAGAGAUCUUCUGAAGAGAGAGUUCAAUCGAUCCGUGGAGCUGCAGUUCCUCAGAACCCCGUCCAGUUUUGCCUUCCGGGUGGUGUCCGGGCCUCUGAUCUUCACGGCGGUGUCGGUGGUCUCGGCGCUCCGCCGGGCCCCCCGCGGUUCCGGACCUGUCCCCGCCGUGGCGCCUCUGUUCAGCGAGCCGGACCUCCGGUACCAGGUCCACUCGGUGCUGCAGUUCGUCCCCGAACACGUGGACGUCCGGGUCUGCAGCUUCAGCCAGAGGGUCGAGAGAGGCCUGGUUCUGGCCUACACCGAGACCCGCCGGCGCCACCAGGAGGCGGGGAACAUCUCCGUACAGCUGCUGAACAUCACGACGGCCGUCUCUCGGCCCGCCGCGGCGAAGGUUUCUGUCGACAUCACGUUUGCGGUGCGAGAUGGGCAGGGCUUCCUGCUGGGGUCGGAGGUCAGCGAACACCUGAGGAAGCUCAGCCCGGUGGAGUUCAGCUUCUACAUCGGGUUCCCCGCGCUGCAGAUCGCUGAGCCGUUCCAUUACCCCGAGCUGAACACGUCUCACCACCUGCGCUCCACCUGGGUCCGGACAGUGCUGCUGGGCGUGCAGGAGCAGACGGUGUCCGAGCGCAGCUUUAAAGCCCGUCUGGAGCGGCGCCUGGCUCUGCUGCUGGAGGAGAGUCAGCAGGUGCCCAGCAGGGGGCGCUGGAGGAGGGCGAGCGCCGCGGGGAACAGCAGCCUGCAGGUGGUGCGGGUGUCGCUGCUCUCGGGGCCGCAGCGCCCCCUGGAGGUGUUUUACUUCGUUGAGGGUCCAGGUGGGGACCGGGUCCUGGCUGAGACCACCUCGCUGACCCUGAACCGGCUGGACCUGCAGAGAGCUGCCAUCGUGCUGGGGCACCGCGUCCAGAGACCCCUGGCUCAGCCGGUGGAGCUGCUGUCGCCCCCCCCGGCAGAGACCCAGUCCUCCAGCGUCUGGCUGAUCGUGGGGGUUCUGGUCCCGGUGCUGCUGGCGCUCUUCAUCAUCGUCCUGCUCUACUGGAAGCUCUGCGGCUCCGAGAAGCUCGAGUUCCAGCCGGACGCCAUCAACACCAUCCAGCAGAGGCAGAAGCUUCAGGCCCCCAGCGUGAAAGGCUUUGACUUUGCGAAGCUGCACCUGGGUCAGCACAGUAAGGAUGACAUCAUGGUGAUCCAGGAGCCCGGCCCGCCCCCCCCCACCAAAGAGGCCACGCCCUCUGACGGAGGCGACCUCAACACCCCCAAAUCUAAAGGGUCGUCCACCAAGGUGCCACGGUCCAGCCGGCGCCGGGGCCGGCUCAGCCCGUCAGACGGAGACUCGUUAGGCAGCGACCAAUCGAGCGGCAGGGAAUCGGCGGAGGAGAGCACGCGGGCCGUGGCCACGCCCAGCGAGGGGAAGCACAGGAAGACGCCCAAAAAUGGUCAGAGACACAAGAUGGGCAGCGCUCCAGACGAGCUGCUGUCCUCGUCCUCCAUCUUCGAUCACGUGGACCGUCUGUCUCGCGGCUCGUCUGACGGGACGAGGCGUCAGAACAACAACAAGGUGCAGCUGAUCGCCAUGCAGCCGCGCCCCCCCCAGCCUCACCUGAGCCCCUCCCUCACAGAGAGGGUCAGCCAAGAGGUGGCGCUGCGACACAAGUCAGAAAUCGAGCACCACCGCAACAAGCUGCGUCAGCGCGCCAAGAGGCGGGGCCAGUGCGAUUUCCCGUCCAUGGACGACAUCAUGGACGCCUUCGGGGAGGGUCCGGUUCAGAGCGCGGUGGCACAGCGGCUCUAUAGCUCCGCCCACGACCACAUGGACUGCAUCCUGCAGGCCGACACCCCCCACACGCCCCCCGACUCCCGCCGGAGGGGGAGGCGCUCUCCUCGGGGUCGGAGGUCUCAGCCCGGACCAGGAAGUCUUCCUGAUACCGACAGAGACCGGCUGCUCACCGACCACAGCGCCACCUACAGGAAGUACCCGGGCCUCAACAACGUGGCCUACAUGUCGGACCCGGAUCUCCCCCCGGACCACGGCAGCCCCUCCCCCACUGACGAGGUGUUUGACUCGGCGCCCCCCCCCCCGCCCUACCUGCCCCCCCAGCCUUCCAUCGAGGAGGCCCGGCAGCAGAUGCUGUGCCUGCUGGACGACGCCUUCGCUCUGGUGUCUCCGUCCUCGGGGGGCAGCGGGGGGGUAAGCGGACCCUCCCCCCGACCCCCUUACUCCGCUGCCUCCCCACACAGCCCCUUCUCCGCGAGGUACGCUGAGCUCGGCAUGUCUCCCACGUCGAUGCAGAACCUGCUGCAGAGGCAGGGCCUCAGCUCCGGAGGGUUUGUUUCCACCGGAGAGCAGGACUCUGUUUACUCCAGCAGGGGGCAGUACGAGGACCCCCCCUCCUCGUCCAGACCGCGACCUGUAGGGGGAAGCACAGGUGCGCAGCUGCACCACCUGACCCAGGUGGGUUUGUCCAGUCAGAUCGGAGUGUACCCCGGGGUCGGUCGCAGCAUGUCCGGACCCACCGGGUCCAACUGGAACCAGCAGCACUCGGACCAGGACCUGAGCCGGUCCGGAGCCAGCAGAGAGAGCGUUUUGUCGUUUCCUGAGUUUUCCUCCUCCUCAGUUUUCCAUAUGCCCAGCUCCUCGUUGCGGGACCCGUUGGCGCCGCCUCUCCUCCUGACCUCCCCGACCCCGGAGUACCCGCCGGAGGACGCCUCGCCCUCCGCCCACACCUCCGCCUCCCUCAUUAAGGCCAUCAGGGAGGAGCUGCGCCGCCUGGCCCAGAAACAGGUGGCCGUCACCAGCUACCCUUAGACUGGUGGAUCAGGACUCAACUGGUUUCAUCCAUCAUAGUUUUUCACAGCCUAACUUUGGAUUACAACCAUGAACCAUGAACUGAUCCACCCUGUCUAGAACUAAUCUACGUCUGUGCCGCUAAGCCCCAAAUGACUCAGAAAUGACUAUCUGAAAGACCUCCGGUGUUGAACAGGGUCCCGUAUGUCGGUCCGUCAUCCUUCAGCUCAGUGUUUCAUCAGUUCACGUUUCCAUUGAAGUGCUUCCUGGAGUGGAUUCAGAGAUCACCCUCGCUGGUUUUCAGGAGCAGAUCAUUGAACACCUGAAGCUGCAGUUCAUUCCCAAAGGUCUGGAGCUCUGAACCUCUGGAACCUCUCCUGGUUCUCCCUAACCCUAACCCUAACCCUAACCCUGUUCUUCGGGACCUUAUGGAGUGGAUUGUCCCCUGAACUGUUCCUGAGGCAACCCAUUCCUUAACAUCCGGAGUGGAUCUGACCUCAUGAUGAUCUGGAGUGCACAGUCCACCAACUUUCUGCUUGCCCCUCCUGAAGUUCCUCAUUCAGAUGGUUCCACCUCAGGUUCUUCAUCAGACGACCCCUCCUAAACUUCUUCAUCGGAUAGUCCCUCCGGAAGUUCUUCAUUGGACAAUCCUUCCUGAAAUUCUGGGGGGAAUCGACCUACCUGAGGUUCUGCAGUAGAUCUUCCCCCCUGAGAUUCUGCAGUAGAUCUUCCCCCUGAGGUUCUGCAGUAGAUCUUCCCCCUGAGGUUCUGCAGUAGAUCUUCCCCCUGAGGUUCUGCAGUAGACGUUCCCCCCUGAGGUUCUGCAGUAGAUCUUCCCCCCUGAGGUUCUGCAGUAGAUCUUCCCCCUGAGGUUCUGCAGUAGAUCUUCCCCCUGAGGUUCUGCAGUAGAUCUUCCCCCUGAGGUUCUGCAGUAGAUCUUCCCCCUGAGGUUCUGCAGUAGAUCUUCCCCCUGAGGUUCUGCAGUAGACGUUCCCCCCUGAGGUUCUGCAGUAGAUCUUCCCCCUGAGGUUCUGCAGUAGAUCUUCCCCCCUGAGGUUCUGCAGUAGACGUUCCCCCCUGAGGUUCUGCAGUAGAUCUUCCCCCCUGAGGUUCUGCAGUAGAUCUUCCCCCCUGAGGUUCUGCAGUAGAUCUUCCCCCCUGAGGUUCUGCAGUAGAUCUUCCCCCCUGAGGUUCUGCAGUAGAUCUUCCCCCCUGAGGUUCUGCAGUAGAUCUUCCCCCCUGAGGUUCUGCAGUAGAUCUUCCCCCCUGAGGUUCUGCAGUAGAUCUUCCCCCUGAGGUUCUGCAGUAGAUCUUCCCCCCUGAGGUUCUGCAGUAGAUCUUCCCCCCUGAGGUUCUGCAGUAGAUCUCCCCCCCUGAGGUUCUGCAGUAGAUCUUCCCCCUGAGGUUCUGCAGUAGAUCUUCCCCCUGAGGUUCUGCAGUAGACGUUCCCCCCUGAGGUUCUGCAGUAGAUCUUCCCCCCUGAGGUUCUGCAGUAGAUCUUCCCCCCUGAGGUUCUGCAGUAGAUCUUCCCCCCUGAGGUUCUGCAGUAGAUCUCCCCCCUGAGGUUCUGCAGUAGAUCUUCCCUCCUGAGGUUCUGCAGUAGAUCUUCCCUCCUGAGGUUCUGCAGUAGAUCUUCCCCCCUGAGGUUCUGCAGUAGAUCUUCCCCCUGAGGUUCUGCAGUAGAUCUUCCCCCCUGAGGUUCUGCAGUAGAUCUUCCCCCCUGAGGUUCUGCAGUAGAUCUUCCCCCCUGAGGUUCUGCAGUAGAUCUUCCCCCUGAGGUUCUGCAGUAGAUCUUCCCCCAUGAGGUUCUGCAGUAGAUCUUCCCCCAUGAGGUUCUGCAGUAGAUCUUCCCCCAUGAGGUUCUGCAGUAGAUCUUCCCCCCUGAGGUUCUGCAGUAGACGUUCUCUCUGUGGUGCUAGCCGUCUGCCUCGUCCUCAUCGACCACUGAUUGCCUUCCACUCUCCCAUCACUCAUCAUGAGGUCUCAGUAUAUAAAUAUCUAUAAGAGUAUCUGUAAAGAAAUAGAAAUGAGCACAACAUUAAUGUAAGAGUUAUCUGAGUAUUGAGAUGUUACUUCUUUUUUAUUGCUUAUAUAUGAAAGUAUACUUUAAAUAUCUUAUUUUGAUGAAAAAAAGACCAACUACUGUUCUACGGUCGUGUUCCUCUUGUGUUUAAGCUCGCUGUAGAUGUUGAUUAGCGUAGCUGCUAGCUCGUGUUGUUCAUGUAUCGGUGGCAAACCAAAAAAAAAAAAAAUUAGCGCUUUUAUGCAUCUCUUCGAUAUCAAGUUCCUCCAUCGCUGAUCUGUUGCAUCCGUCAGUGUGGGCAGGACA